AUGAAAGAUGAAGGCUGGGAGCCUCUUUGCACUGAGGAGACAGUUGAUUUGGAAAAGACCCUACAUAGUGGACAAGUGUUUUCAUUCAGACAGACAGACGAGAAGGAGUAUACUGGAGUUCUUGGGACAUGCCUUGUAAGCUUUCUUCAGGAUGGGAAUAGAGUUCUCUACAAAGUACUGAAUGGAGAUAAAACUUCAAAGGAAAUUGAGCUUGAGAUCACCAGUUUCUUUACAUUGGAUGUCAAGCUUUGUCCUCUCCUUCGAAGGUGGAGACUUGACCCUAAUAAUCUCUUGGUUGGACUGAGAGCUCUCAGAUAUAACUUGAUUCCGACGAUUUUUUCAUUCAUCUGCUCUUCGAACAAUAAUAUUGCCAGAAUAACUCGAAUGGUUGGAUUUCUUUACUCAAAAGGAGAGUUUAUCAUGAAGUACAAGAAUGCUGACUUUUACCACUUUCCAGAUCUGGAAAAGCUCGUAGAUAUUGAGGAGGAGUUGAAGUCCAAUGGAUUUGGAUAUAGAUCUUCGUACAUAUGCAAUGCAGCAAAGUAUCUCCUGAAGAAUCGACUGGACCACCAGCAAGCAUCUAGAAUCAGAGAGAUGAUGGUUUCUAUCAAAGGAAUCGGAUAUAAGAUAGCAGACUGCAUUCUAUUGAUAGGAACCGGGAAUCUAGAUGUUGUCCCAGUUGACACACAUAUUUUUAAGCAUUCCAAGAAGAUGUUUGGAAUCAAUGAAAAAGUGCUUUCUCAGAAGACAUAUGGCAUUAUACAGGACUUAUACAGAAAGAGGUUUGGAGAAUAUGCAGGCAUUGCACAGCUUUAUAUAUUUAAAGGAAUGAUUGACCUAAGGAAAAAAAGUAAGAAGGAAAAGCCAAGCAGCCUUGAAGCAUGCUGCUGA